GGUCUGGUGAGCAAGAAUGUAUUCUCUUUCUACUUGGCACGCGAUACUAGUUCCAGCAAAGGUGGUGAAUUGAUCUUAGGCGGCUCCGAUUCCAGCUACUACAAGGGGUCACUCACCUACGUGCCGGUCUCAGAGCAAGGCUAUUGGCAAUUUAGCUUGGGCGGAGCCACCCUUGGUGGUAAGACCCUUUGCAGUAACGGUUGCCAAGCCAUCGCCGACACAGGCACCUCGCUCAUUAUUGCUCCCUUAAGUGCCUACAAUAAAUUCGCUAACAUUGUUAAUAGCGACAGCGAUGGUUACGUCGAUUGCUCGCUCAUCAGCUCUCUGGGUGACAUAGAAUUUGUUAUAAGUGGUAAGAGUUUCGCUGUGCCAGCAUCACAAUACAUAAUUCAGGAGGAUUCAGAGACUUGCUACUCUGCCAUCAGCUACAUUGGAACUGAUUUCUGGAUUUUGGGUGAUAUUUUCCUUGGUCUCUACUAUUCCGAGUUCGAUAUGGGCAACAAUCGUAUUGGUUUCGCACCAGUCGCCUAA